AUGGCGACCGCUUCCCCGGCCGAACAGCCGGUCCCCGAAGAGGACGUGGACGACGACGAACCUGCCGAGCCUUUCGAUCCUUGGGCGGCCGGACUACUUGAUCCGGGCAAGGCUUUGGCUGGCUACAACGAAAUCGAAGCCACAGAUGGGGUUCCGUUCGACGACAUGAAGUACCUGGCGAAGAGCGAGAGCUGGAUGAAGGCCAAGGACGGUGGCGAGCAGCUACUGGCGGCCAUGGAUACUCGGGAUCUCUACGGUGAUGAUGAGCGCGAAGACAUGCUGAAUAGCCUCUUCAAGAUCACCUACUCGGUGAGACGUCAGAAGAACGAGGGCCACAAGGAGUUCUUUUCCAGAUGGGAGCUGGCAAUUCGCAAGCUGUCGGAGCACAACAUCACCUUGCCGGCCGAGAAUCUGGGAUUCCUGCUCACGAUGGCCCUCCAGCUGAACCAGGAGGAGGUCAAGCUGUUAAUGAACUUCACUCAGGGGAAGCUAAGCCAGAAGGAUGUGAAGGAGUGGGUGCGUGUCCAUGAGACCAACUUGGACCUCAAGUCAUCCGGUCAUGCGGCGGCGACGAUCAAGAACAAACCGGUGGCGGCCUACCACACGGAGACCCAGGAGGACUACCACGACCCUCCUGAUGGUGACGAGGCAGGCCAGGAGGACAACCUCGAGGUUCUUUUGAGUGCCAUGCAAGACCUCGACGAGGCGGACCAGGGCGAUUUCAAUGGAGAGGACUCUGGAGUCUUUGAUGAAGAAGAUGCCAGGGAGAUAUUGUCGACAAUGGUCAAGGAACAUGCCCGGAAGCGGACCUUCACCGCUGUGAAUGAGGCCAAGAAGAACAAGAGCCUGGCCCGUGGAUACGGGGCUGGCGCCCGCCACUCCUUUGGAAAGGGCGGUUUCCGCCCCGCUCCCAAGGGCGGCUUCGAAGGAUCCUACAAGGUGUCGAUUGAAGCUUUGAAGCGGCGGACCCGCUGCUCCAACUGCCAGCAGAUAGGGCACUGGCAUCGGGAAUUUCGGGAAUGCCCUCGCCCUCCUCGAUCUGGCGGCAAAGGAGCGAAGGGAGACAAGGAGCAUAGUGCACAUCUGAUGGAGACCGGCGCCCACGAGGCCCAUUUUCUGGGCUUCGAGGAUUUUCUCCGGAUCAAGAAGGCUAUCAAUGAUGAGGCUGGCGACAUGAUGAAGUUCGGAUCCUCUUCCGGUAGUGGUCAGAAGCCGCAACCUGCCAGCACUGCCUCGACUUUGCCCGCAUAUAAGGAGCGACUGCCGGGACAUGAUGUUCUGUUUCUUGAUAGAGCGUCUCAGGUCCCAUGGGAUGAUGAUGACACAUGUGCUACGGUUGACACGGGCUGCCAGAGAUCCGCAGUAGGUAGCGACACAUUGCAGAAGAUGCUGGAGUGUCAGCCCCCAGGCCUUAGAACGAUAGUGAAGAACGAGAUCCACCACUUCAAAUCCAUCAACGGCAUCAGUAGGACCAACCGUGUGGCAUGUGUUCCUACCAGUUUGGGACCCAAGGGGUGUUUGUUGAGACCAGCGGUGUUCGAAGAUGAGGCUACGCGGAAGGCACCCUUUCUGUUAUCAUUGCCCUUCUUGCUGCAUUGUCGGUCGGUGUUGCACCUUGAUCCAGAACAGGGUUUACAGCUGGAGCUCAAGAAAUUCAAUCAUGUAGUUCCACUGCAUAUCGGGCCUUCCGGAGCGCUGAGAGUUCCUCUGCACAGGUUUACUAGGGAAAUGUACGCGGAGCUUAGUCAAGCAGUGGAUCAGCUUCAGGGAGCGCAUGAUGUGCAUCAGCUCACCGAACCUUGCGAAGACCGGCUCAGAAACCACCCUAGUGCUUUCUUACCUCCUCGUGAUCCUCCGCCUUCAGCUCCUUGUGAUCAUGCCGGCGGAAAAGCGCUCCCGGAUUCAGAAGCCCGAGCCCGAAAUCAGCGAGAGCGUGCUAGCCUGGAGCAGGAUGGUGCUCCGAAUGAUCAUGGUGUGUGUGAACGCCGGGUCAGAGGACCACGCUCUCUCCUGAUCCAGCAGGUGACGAACGAGCUUCCCCAGCUGACGGGGGACGAGCUGCGGCAACUACGGCUGGCAGUGGACCACCAUCUGGGGCGGAGAUCGGUCGAGCAGAUGUCGCCCGAACAACGAUGGCAAGCCUACCGGGACCAAAGGAAGUGA